UGCUUGAUUUAUGUUCCGUUAAGCCUGUUGCUAACAGUCCAGAGAAGUUUGGUAACUAGGAUGUGGAGAUAAAUAUAUGAGACUAUCCAAGCGAAGCAGUACUCCCCAGGUUACUUCAAAGCAGAACCUUUAGGAUAAGAAACGAAGAUGCAUACCAGUACCAGUCAGAAAGAGAUAAGAAGAAUGCUGGUGAAAGCAUCAUCGUUGGAACCUAUCCAGGACUCAAAAGGUGAAAAGUACACAGCGAGGAAGACGUCUUACUUCAUCUGAGGAAGACUACUUACUUCAUCUUGAGACCCCUGCCCACGACCACCAGGAGGCACUGCGCAAGCGCAGAACAUAUGGAAAUGACUUUUGUACUCAUUAUAAUACGAAGCGGGGAUAGGUCAUGAAUAUGUAUCAGCAUAGUGGGAAAGGUGAUGCAUAUGUAAUACUUUACAGGAUAAAUUGUGAGCACGUUGUAACGGUCUUCGGAACCAGAUUUGGGUGGGUACCCCUGGUUCCCGGGGCCUCGGAAUAAAGCACCACAUAUAACCUCCUUAGAGUGGUUAUGUGUUCUUCUCUCGGCUAACAGUUUUGGCGACCCAGAUGGGACCUCGCGGGCAUUGCUGAGGCGGCUCGCGCAUCGAUCCAGCUCCAGCCGGCACCGAGUGAUUCUCGGGGAGCCAUCGACCGCGACCGACCUCCGGUGCUCUCGACGGACCAACGGCAUUGUAGAACUUUGAUCCGGUUGCGUAGUGCCCUGAUCUGGAACCGACCGCUCUCGUUGGAGACUCCAGUACACGAGAUCGAGCCAGGAGACCAAGUCUACGUUCGUGAUUGGAGCGAGGAACCACUUAAGGAACGGUGGAAUGGACCGUACCUGGUGCUGUUAACUACCUUCACCGCUGUAAAAGUGGAAGGAAUUAACUCCUGGAUUCACUACACUAGAGUGAAGAAAGUCCCGAAACAUUGGGAAUCAGAAGCCUUAGGACCUACGAAGCUGAGACUGAAAUGCAGAUAAGAUGUCGUGUUAUAUGUAUAGCACUUUAAUUGUGAUUUGGUCAGUCUUACCUAUAAUAAUUGUUGGUUCCUUAGAAGUUUCAUUGAAAAGGGAGGUGGUGACGUAUGUUGUUGGACAAAAUGCCACUCUGUCUUGCAGGUUUACCAUGCCAAUGGGAGGAGAACUAAUAAGGGUUAUCUGGGAAAAGGAAUCGGAAAGUUUUGAAGUACCUGAGAUAAUUUUCGACAGCAAGGACAAAGGAUUAGUAGGGCAUGAGCAGGAGUUGCAGGAAAAUUGGCAAUCUAGAAGUAAAGUAAUGAACAGGUUCUGUUCACGAAAUCUUACUGAAGGAGAGACUAAAUUAAGGAUAGCCAAUCUGACUGAACAAAUGCGGGGAAAAUAUCGUUGUCUGGUCAAGACAAACAAUAGUGCAGACUACGGUGAGAAGAUAAUAUACAUUACUAAAACUAGAGUCAGACGAGCUAUAAAACCGACCGAAUCACCCCAGAUAAUUCAAGUACCCCAACGUGAUCCGGAGGAAAACCUAAUGAUAGGAUUAAUCAAGGAUUUCGCAAAAAUGCAAAAUACGAGUAGAAUAACGGCAUGCCUCCCAAUACCAAAAGCAGCUGGAGAACCAAUUGAGUGGGGAAUAAUAACAAUACCAUUCCCAGAAGGAAACGAGACAGUUAAGUGUCAGGAAAAGGAAAUAAUAAAAAACGUAACAAAAAUAGAAUAUGAAAGAAGGAGGGUCACGAGCCCCCACACUCACCGUCUGUCCCCACAGCCCCACGCCAGCCCCAAGCUGCUCCAGGAAGGACCAGGGCUUAAGUCAUGGUGUGAAAAGAAAUUAAACUUUCAAUUCACGCAGAAAGGAUCAGAAAGAGGUGAAUGCAUAUAUGAUGAAGAAAUUGAAGUAAAAACACAGACAAAAGAAAUAACCUGGAACUGUCAAACAAAGAACAAUUUGGAACAAAAUUGGGAUACAAUUUGGUCACUGAGUAUUGUACAAAAAUUUCGGUAUGGUGGAAACACAUCUUGGUGUCUCAGAUGGUCAGGGAAAUAUAAUAUAGCAGGAAAUAUGAACCUGUUGUCAUUAAACAGAGUCAGUCUAGAUACUGUUAAAAAUGUUCCUUGGUGGAAUUGCACCAGGAUAAUGGAUUGUGAUACUGAUCCAGAAAAGAUUGCAAUGCCCCCAAUUAGAAUUGCUUUAAAAGCAGGAUGUGCAUGCCGAGGAUUUAAAGUUGGAGGAAAAACGAUACAAGCCCCGGCUGAUGGAAUAAACUGCAGAUAUUUGAUGAUACAUAGCAUGGGACAUCUUGUUUGGGCACUCAGUGAUGGUACCUGGACCACUCACCUUCCAAUAACAGGGCCAGUGCGGGAAAUUACCUUAGGACUCCCCACUUUAUGUCCAAUCUGGAAACGUUCCCCAUUCAGGGGCAAACUAGAAACUUUGCAGAUUCGAACCAAAAGAAGUAUUGAUGAUGAUAUAGACAAUAUAGAUGACACUUGGCAAGAGCCUGAGACAGGAGUGAAAGUAGGAUGGGCACUUGAAUCCCUUUUUGCUCAAAUAGCUGCAUAUCGCAAUAGGGAAGCGAUUUAUAAUUUAAUUGGACAAACUGAGAGAUUGGCCAAGGUGACUAAAAAAGGCUUUAGGGAUCUAAAUUUGCAAUUACAGGCAACAACCAAAAUGACUCUGCAAAACAGAAUGGCAUUAGACACAUUGCUGUUAAAGGAACAUGGUGUUUGUGGAUAUCUCAAAGAUAGAAUCGAUCACUGCUGUGUACAUAUACCAAACGUAACUGCAGAUAUAGAAUAUGACAUUGCUCAAUUAGGGAAAAUUGAAAAGGAAGCUGAAAAGGAAAAAGAAGAAAUAAGUCAAAAUUGGGUAGGAGCAUUAUUUGAUGGAUUGGGAAUCCACCUUACUGGGUGGAUUCAUUCCCUCAUAGAGACAGUGUUUACUCUAUUGCUUGUGUUCCUCGCAAUCUAUUUGGUAUAUUUUUGUAUUCGAAGAGAAAUAACCCGGAAUACCAGUUGGACACAUAAAAUCAUUGGAGCAGUGACUCGAGAAUAUCCACGACACCCAAUAACUCCUCCUCUUACCUAUCAGGAAACUACUACAUGAGUGAAAAUACUUGCAAAAGAUGAAGUAUUUUCAAAGGGGGGAAAUGUUAGAUAUAUAGAGUAAUUAGACUUGUGAGUUGCUUUAGAGUAAUUAGACUUGUGAGUUGCUUGAUUUAUGUUCCGUUAAGCCUGUUGCUAAGCCAGAGAAGUUUGGUAACUAGGAUGUGGAGAUAAAUAUAUGAGACUAUCCAAGCGAAACAGUACUCCCCAGGUUACUUCAAAGCAGAACCUUUAAGAUAAGAAACGAAGAUGCAUACCAGUACCAGUCAGAAAGAGAUAAGAAGAAUGCUGGUGAAAGCAUCAUCGUUGGAACCUAUCCAGGACUCAAAAGGUGAAAAGUACACAGCGAGGAAGACGUCUUACUUCAUCUGAGGAAGACUACUUACUUCAUCUUGAGACCCCUGCCCACGACCACCAGGAGGCACUGCGCAAGCGCAGAACAUAUGGAAAUGACUUUUGUACUCAUUAUAAUACGAAGCGGGGAUAGGUCAUGAAUAUGUAUCAGCAUAGUGGGAAAGGUGAUGCAUAUGUAAUACUUUACAGGAUAAAUUGUGAGCACGUUGUAACGGUCUUCGGAACCAGAUUUGGGUGGGUACCCCUGGUUCCCGGGGCCUCGGAAUAAAGCACCACAUAUAACCUCC